AUGUCCAAAACAACAGUUGAUCUCUCGCUCGCCACUCGGCCAAGCGAUGCCGAUGCUGUGUCGGGGUUGAUCAAGGAUCUCGAUGGUCUCAACCAAAAUUGGAAGGAAGAAAAUGAGGAGACCCGCCUGAAGAUGGUUGUCAAGGCCCGGAGUCUUCUCCAGUCUCUCCUGACACCCCGUGAGCAGAUGGUGCAGCACACAUGGGCUGAUCCUGGACUUGAUGCUGCUUUGAUUACAGGUGUCGAUGUCGGCCUUUGGAAGCUCAUGGUUAAGAAUGGCGUUGACGCCGUCCACAAGGUUGACGACCUUGCCAAGUCAUUGGGCAUGGAUCCUCAACUUCUCGGCCGCCUAAUGCGUCACGUCUGCGCCAUGGGCCAUCUUGUAGAAGUGGCUCAGGAUGAGUACAAGCUCACAAACUUUACCAAGUCAAUGAGCCUCGAUGUCAUCGGCGACGGCUACGUUUGCCUGCUUGGUGGCAUUGGCCGCAGCCCAUUCGAGUUUUACAAGUUCCUUCGCGAGACCAACUGGCGGAACCCCGUCGAUGCCGCCCACACAGCCUUCCAUGCAUCAUACAACAGCACCGUGCCAAACUGCAUGUUGUAUCUCGGGACCAUCGGAAUGGGUCCUCAGAUGAACCACCAUAUGGGCGGCUACAGGCAGGGUCGCUUGCCAUGGCAUCACCCCAAGAUCUAUCCCGUCGAGAAAGAACUGUUCCCUGGUGCCGAGCCCGACGCGCCACUGGUAGUCGACGUUGCCGGCGGUCUCGGCCAUGACAUUGACGAGUUCAGGAGGAAAUACCCCAACCAUCCCGGCAAACUGAUCCUGCAAGAUCUCGCCCCCGUCAUCGAGGACGCCAAGGAUAUUGAUCCCUCCAUCGAGCGCAUGCCUCACGACUUUUUGACCGAACAGCCCAUCAAGGGCGCCAGGGCUUACUUCAUGCACUCCAUCCUCCACGACUGGCCGGAUGAUGUCUGCCAGAAGAUCCUCGCUCGUCUGGCGGAGGCGAUGAAGCCCGGCUACAGCAAGCUGCUCAUCUUCGAAUGCGUGAUCCCAAGCACCGGUGCCUAUUGGGAAAGCACCGCGGGCGAUAUGCUGAUGAUGACGCAGCUUUCGGCUUGCGAGCGAACGGAGGAUCAGUGGCACAGCCUCAUCGAGGGCAGCGGGUUGGGACUGAAGAUUACGAAAUUCUGGUCGAGUGGACUUUCGGCGGUUGAGAACGUUAUUGAGUGCGAGCUGGCCUAA